AUGGUGAAUGUAGGUUUCGUUGCAUUCUUAUGGGACCACUGUACUUCUUGUAAUCAGCCGUUAGAGUAGGUCUUGUUUAGAGACCUACAACUAUUCGGGUCAAGUCCGAUUGAUAACAUCUAACAUUUCUAUCCUUUUAUUCAUGAUAUCUCGCAGGAGGUUUACGUGAAUUUUAUACCCAUGCCGCCUUUUGAUACUAGCGUAUCCAGUCAAGUAGCUCUAACUCAGGGUAAAUGCUAACACCUUCAAUUAUGUUCACUAGACGUAUGCUUCGACGUAGCUUGCUCGACUGCCUUAAUUCACACCAAUCACACGAACAUUUAUUUAUUUUGAGAAGGCCCACGCUUCAGUGCCUUACAUUUCUUGACUUUUUUAUUUUUAGACGAAGGUAAAGGCUACCGAACUCCGUGGAAAGCCGGAGCCCGAGCUCCAGAAGCAGCUUGGUGAACUAAAGUCCGAGCUAUGUAACCUGCGUCUCUUUCGGGUGACGCGUGGGGCGGCUUCGAAGCUCAAGAAGAUGUACGUUUUGCCGGCCUUAUUUACUUGUCGAAGACCGAAUGAUUUAUUAAAAGCCGACCAAACGCGCAUACUAGGGUUUUGAAUGCAGCAUGUUUAACCUUGCCUGGCUCUGCCGCGUGUGCAUGGGACAAUUGCACUACCUAGAUUUUUUUGUGCCCAAACGUCUCUCGAUAGGUGGUUCCCACUGAACCUCUGCAUUUGUUGCCUUCUAGUUUGUCUUAGUUUUCUAAUCUGCCAUUCCCUCUUCCUCGAGGUGAAUUCUAUGUAGGUCCUUGUUAGAUCCUUGAGAUAGUUCUCUUCGUACACUGAGAAACUGCAAGUUCCUCACUUGUGGUCGUCCCGUGUCUUGUUGGCAAUUCUUACAUGAUAAUUGCAUUUAACGGAGUAACUGUUGUUCUUUAGACGCGUCCUCCGGAAAUCCAUCGCACGCGUAUACACAGUUAUGCACCAGGCACAGAAGCUUCGUCAGCGUGAGGCCUACCGUAAGAAGCGAUAUGUUCCCAAGGACCUCCGUCCUAAGAAGACACGUGCCAUCCGUCGGCGACUCAGCAAGCGGGAGCGAUCCAUUCACUCAGAAAAGAUGCUCCGAAAAAUGAGGUCUUAUCCUCCUCGGAAGUUUGCUGUUAUGGCUUAG